AUGGAUUAGUUAUUUUUAAUAAACUAAAAUUUUAAAACUCCAAAUCAUUUUUUAUUUAUUAUAGCUUUAUUAAACUUAUUAUUUUUAAUUAAACAAUAACAAAAAUAAUAAUGGAAUAUUUAAAAGAAUAUGAAAUCUAUUUUGUUAAAAUUAAAGAAUUUAUCAAAUCAAAAUUUCCUUUUUCUUCUCAGAAUCAUCUAUGGUUAAGAAGAUAUUUAAAAAAUAGAAUUAAGGAAAGGAAAAAUGUCUAAAAAUUAAAUUAAAUUAUAUCAAAAUAUCUUUCAUAAAGUAUUGAUAAAAAAAUUAUCAAUUAUUGAUUAUGUUUAUAUAUAAAAACCUGAAAUCUCUGAUUAGAAUAAUAAAACUUCCUAAUAAAGAAUGAUAAGCUUUCAAUAAUUUCCUGAUCUAUGA